AUGUCAUUAUACACCUUUUUUGGGUGCUUACUGAUAGCCUAUGGUCCAAUUCUGUCUAUAUUUUUUCUCUACAUUGCACCCAAUGCACAGUAUGUUUUACUAAUGGUGUCAAGUGUUGCCAUUCAAGAACUUUGUCGAUGGGGUUACUGGACUAAUGUAUUUCAAACAGUGUCUGGAUACGGGUAUGCUUUAAUGAGCGCACUGGUGGGAUACAUAUCGUUAUUAGUAGAAUCCAUUGGUCCUGGUGUGAUGAUGUGUCCUUCGUGUCCCAAAGCAACAUUAUAUUUCAUUUCGGCUAUUACAACCUCUUUAUUUUCUUUAAUGCAUAUGAGCUGGAUGAUGAUUUCCUUUGAAGGAUUUUCAGAAUUACCAAAGACAAAAGGAUGGUUGAAAGUGAUAUGGGUGAUUGUCUCACAUUAUGGUGCUUCCUUUGCGACUACUUUGAAUUCGUCUACUACAGUCAGUAAUGGAUGCAUUUACUCCAUCAUUGUGUGUCUGUGUAUUAUUGCUGUCUCCGGUUAUAUAGUUGCCCUUUCUCUCAAGUCAAGAUUUAAGCUUUCUCGUUCCCAGCAGUAA